GAAAUUCCUCUUCCAUGCAACUCUCCUUGUCUUUUGGUUACCACCCCUGAUCGCAUUUUGGCUUUGACUUACGACACCAAUUCGAGUUCUGUGGUCAUUCCCAAUUCAUCAUACGCUACAGCUUUAGACUACUACUACAAUGACUACAACAAGCGUGGCUUUAUAUUUUGGACCGACAGAGUGGAAAAGAGCAUUAAGCGUUCAAAUAUGGAUGGAACAAACAUAAAAGUUAUCUACAAUGGCCCAGAAGAAUGUUACGGACUAGCUGUGGAUUGGAACUCAUUACAGUUGUAUGGGACUGAUUUAACAAAUGAUACGAUAUGGGUAUCUGACUUUGAGGGAAGAAACAGGCGUAAAGUCAUUUCAAAUCUUGACAGGCCUACAGGAAUUGCUCUCGACCCACACGAGGGGUAA